CGAUCCUGCUUUCCCCUAGUGACGCGCCGUUGCGGCUGCCUCUCCUUUCAUGCAGCCCAUCUACUUGUAUCCUUAGCUACUAGAUGUGUUUUGUCUAGACGUCUUCCAUGUCUCAGACUACUACUACCCCCACUAUAACGUGAAUUGACCUCACCUCCGCGGCGAAUUCAACACAGGAGAGGUCCAAUGACCCAACAGCGGCCGCAGCCUGACGUCGCGAACCUGUCCCCAGACUCCUUCACGGCGCAGAAACUGCAACAUGCAACGCCCGAGCAUCUCUACCUCACGUCGAGGCGCUUCUUCAUCGGUCCCAUCCCCACCGCAUGGCUAGGCAAACAUCGCAGCGACUGGUACAAGCACCACCUGCGCAUCAAUUACUCAAGGCGCGCCGCGACCUUCUCAUCAGACCCCCGCGACGCGCGACAACGACGCCUGAGUGGUCUUGAAGGUCCCAGCUCGUCCGCUCUUUUCCAGCACAGCUUCCCGCCACCCCAAGAGCUCGAUGCGGAAGAGGACGAGGGCACCGAAGAUGCUCAGCCUAGUGCAGCCAGUGGCGCCGCGCCUGCGACGACGGCCACACCCCCUGCUCUGCAAGUCCCCCGGGGCUCGGAGCGGAAAGAGGAUGUCAUGGUGGGCAGCGAGGUGGAAGAGUUUGUAGAUGCGCCUUCAGAAUUAGAAGACGAGGGAGAUUUGCGCGGCGAAAACGACCCCAGGAAACCAACCCAGAUCCGCCGGUCAAGCACCAAGACAUUCGUCACUGCAUCUUCAACGCGAGCCACGGCAGACCACAGCGACAGCGAGUCUGACGAAAGACAAGACAAUACUCCAGCACAAGAAGAGGAACCUACAGUGCAGGCAAGUGGCCUACAAGUUCCUACCGGCCAAGACGAACCAGGACAAAAGUCGCUGGGCAAACGCCCGCUGUCUACUGUAGAGAGUCGUGGUGCAUCGCCGUCAACCGUUGGAGGGGCCUCGGUAGACGCCGAUUCAACUUCAUCUCUGCUUCGUAAGACUGACACGCACAAGGCACCGACACCCGCUGAUGUCGAUCCUAAGCCGCCCACGAAAGGAAUACUGGCCAAGGUCAAGAGGAAGUCAGAGCUGCGUUCUUCGCAAGCAAGCCUAGAACACGAGGAGGGUUCGCCACCAGAGAACCUGGCGCGUAAGAAAUCGCAUCUCCGCAACCUAGUCAAGUUCGACAUUCCAGAGGAUACGCGACGUGCCACCAUUCACCUAAAAGCGAAGAAGGCGCAGAUGACCGUUCAGCGGGCAGGGUCCAAGAUUCGACGGCAGAGAAUCAAGAACGGAAUCGUUGUGAAGAUGGAGCGCAUGCUUGUUCGAGUCGAUUCUGCGUCUGCUGGGGAGGUACCGGAUGACUUUGAUGAGAAUGUAAAUCAAAGAGUGGUCUCUCGCAUCAAGGACAAGUGGCGGGAGUACAUGGUCGUCUGCCGACACAGCCAUUCAGACAAUGCUGAUUUUGUGUUGCAAUUUUACAAGACACGAGUUAUUCCAGAGAUCGAAAACUCGGGUGCCGGCAAGAAAGCUGCAUACGAGAUUCCCCUGGCUCGCAAAACCAGCAAAGUCAAUCUUUACUCCUCACUGGACAAGUCCAUGGUCGUUUCCGCGCCCGGUCCACAUGCUACCCUGAUCUUCAUCAUGCAGGCCAGGACUGCUUCCAAUGCUGUCGAAUGGUAUACGUUUCUUCGAAAUCUCUUAGGCUGGCAUCGCGCCUCCGAACUUCAGAUCAAUAUUCCGGACAUGAGCUUGAGUGUGCGGAUAGCCAACCCUUUUGAGAAGCUAGAAGCCUCUCAAAACGAAGUCCAAGAUGCUGAGGACACGGAGGAAGCCAUGCUGAAAACUAUGCAGGAGGAGCAAGCAGUAGCUAAAGAGCUCAUCAGUCGUUGUCUGGACCAGCUGCAAGAUGCACCCGAGUGGGCAGACGUCCUGGAGUCCUGGAUGAAGGACCAUCGAAUAGGACUUGCAUGGAAACGUUACGAUCGACUUGAGUGGAUCCAUGGAGCUAACGAGCGCAAAAUGUACGGUACCAUCGCCAUGCUGAAGUCGCACGAUCUAGAGUUGCGACCGAAGACACACUAUCCUACUACUGCAGUGACGCGCAGGAAGCAAAAGACUUUGACCGAGCCCGUCCCCGUGGAAGGUUUUCUUAUCAGGCUAACUGGACAACGCGGGCGGGCGAAGCGUUUGGGUUUGCUGUACCAUAAGCAACUCUACUUUGCAAGCCACGAUCAGUACCUUGUCUUCUCACGCCCUACGAAAGUUACACCGCCGCCUCCACCCAAGCUUCCCGCCUCUGGCGCUGCAACUGUGCCAGCAGCACAGGCGGUUGCGGAUACCAUACCCGAAAGCUGGGCCGUUAACCCAUAUGCUCUCAAGGCCAACCAUAUCGAAUGGUUGCUAGAGGGCCACUCAGGCACAGCUGAGACUAGACGAUUACACGAUGAGGAUGCAGCAGACGAGGCAGGGCGCAAGGAACAAAACCUACUCAACUGCGACGGCUACAUUAAUCUGGCAAACGUUGUCAAAGUUCGUAAAGCUAGGCUGGGUGCCAGUCCGGUGGAUGGAGAUCUCGAGGAAGGCUCGGAUGUAGAUUUCGAUGAGGACAUCAAUGAUUCAACUCGUGAUGAUGGCGCUACGAAGGACAUUGAUCUAGAUCGCACAUUUGAGCUGGUGAUGAAGAACGGCCUCAUCAUCCGGUUACAGGCUGCGGACAAAGCACGUCGAAAAGAGUGGAUUCAGCAUCUUCGCGCGCUCGCCAAGUACUGGAAACACCGCACAGCCUCUGACAUUGCUCUCUACAAAUCGACACGCAGCCGUAACCUCAGCGCUCUCAACAUUGACGAGGAAGCUGAAGCGCACAUUGGCCAAUUCGCCCGCAAGUGGGAAGUCACACAAUCUUUCGCCUCCCCAGACCUUUAUAACAUGUGCGGUAUCGCUUGCUGCCGCAGUAUUAACAUGAGCGGCAUGCUCUACCGCAAACCACGCAUCCAUGCACCCUUUACGCGCUGCAGUGUUCUCCUCACUGCUGGCACACUGCUCAUAUUCCGCGAUGUUUUACGAAACGGAGUAGGCAAGCAACUCGCACACAUUCACCACGAGCGCAUUGCCAACCUCGAUUUGAAAGACUGCUAUAUUUACUCUGGCCUCCUCACAGAAUCUGAUCUCCUAUAUCAGAAUCAGACGUUCGAUGCUAAUAAACCGGGACAUCAUGCACUACCGCGCAUUUAUCUCGAAGAUGGUUGGACGAGCACAGAUGAAGAUGUUAUGACUACGUUUGUUAUUUGGCACGGCAAAGCAAAGAGUUGGUUUCGAGCGGAGGAAGGGGCGGGUGGGGGCGAACAGCAGAGGAAGGAGGGGAAGAGGACAAAGCUGAAGAGGGUUGCGAAGCUGGGUAGCAAAGGACGCUCUGUCGUGUUCCGAGCCAGGUCACGAGCCGAGAGAGAUCAUUGGGUGCUGGCGAUCCAGAAUGAGAUUGAGCGCGUGCAAGGGGAUACCGCGGAUUUUAGGCUUGAAGAAAGCACUGAGACUGCAAAGGAUAAUUCGGGUGUUAGUAAUGGGCAAGAGGACGAGAGCGGCGGGACCUGAUGGAACGUCACUAAUUAGGUGAUGGUGGCGUUUGGAUAUGAUAUGGUACCCUGGACCGACACACGCCUCUGUGGCAUCAUCUUCACACGCAUUCAUAGCAUUAAGCAGAGCUCGUAUGUUUGAUAAGGAUAAUACGACUUCACAAGGUCAUUGGUAAUGUAAUCAAUCGAUGCAAAAGAACACAUCUUCGUUGUAUCUGCUAGGUGGUUCAGUUUGUUCUCGACAUGCCCCCUUAUGUCGUUCCCGCCACCCUAGAGCCGAAGAGACAGACAAGUGCAACACAACGGG